AUGUCAACAGUUAAAGCAAUUAACCUGGUGCUGCCUGAAAUUGAGGUGUAUGUGGCUGGCUGCAGCAUAGAUGGCAAACUGGUUCUGAAUCUCAGGAAUACCCUGGUGGAUCCUCUUGUAAAGGUGGAACUUGUGGGAAGAGGCUUCCUGAGGUGGCUCGAGGAGGAUAACCCUGACCUGGACUACUACAAGAGUACAGCUUGCACCAAUGAUGCAGUCUAUGUCUUCAAAACUAAGAAUUUCCACAUAGAGGGUGGCUGCCUGGAUUCUGGGGUUCACAUCUUUGACUUCCACUUCAACUUUCCUCCAAGUAUUCCCUCUACAUUCACCAGCAAAAUUGGCUGCAUCUCCUACUUUGUUCAAGGGAUUUGCUGCAGCUGCCAAGAUGUCUUAGCUAAAGAGGAGAGAUGUUUACUGUUGCAAGGAAGUACUGGUAACCACAGCAGAUACGUGGAAGACGAGGCCCCAGUGGUGGUGGAAGCUAGGAAGGAUGUGAUUUAUUUCUGCUGCUUCAGUUAUGGCUCUGUGAUCCUUCGGAUCUUCCUUGAGAAGAGGAUAUUUUGCCCUGGAGAAACCAUUGUCUUCAAGACAGAUAUUUGCAACAGGACAAACAUGUAUGUCAGAAAGGUCUGUUUUGCUGUACUCUGCAUUGUCCUGUAUAGUGGCUUCAGCAGCAGGGGAGAAUUGCGUUCCUUGGAAACCCAAAGUGAAGUAACGAGGUUGGAGCUCCAGACCAACACAGCACCCUUUGGGACCAUGAGAGUUACCAGCUCACUGGUUCUGCCAAAACCCAUGCCUGUCACCAGCACCCUCAAGCAAAAUAAAAUCAUGGCAUUUAAGUACGAGCUGGUAGGCACCUCUGACCUUUCUUGUGCCACAUCCACCAUCAUAGCCAGGGCGCCCAUAAUCAUAGCAGCCACACUGGAUCAUUUCUCUGGGGAGAAGAACACCGUGCCUCUUCAUGAAAAUAAAGGAGUCAUCAUAAAGUAA